AUGGGACCUGAAGAAAGAGAUCCUCUGCAGUCUCCCGUCCUCCAGCAUCUGUCUCCUCUGAUCAUCCAGAGUUCUGGACUUCGAUUACCCGUCGCAUUAGGCAUGUCUGAAAGGAAGAAGGCACGCAAGCGGGCCAAAAUCAAGCGUUGGCUGAGGAGUUGGGUCUUCACUCCGCUGGGCAACGUGAGGAUCAAGUUGAUCAACAAGGUCGAGCGGAAGCGUCGAAGCAUCCCGGACUGGGAUCUCAAAAGGAUCGUUUCCGGGGCUCUCACUGAUCGAUAUCCGUGUCGAUUCUUUCGGGACCGCAAUGAUCUCCAGGCAUCGAGCCCAAGAAAGAGGUUCCCGCUCGAGACUGAUUAUCCGCAUGAUCCCCGUGGAAGUUGGCGAGGAGAUGACCAUUGUGUGCUUAAAAUCAUGAAUCCGGACAUGUCUAAUUCGAGUAGUGAGGAUGAGAAGUCUGAUGAAUUAGGCCCCAUUUCUGUAUUUGAAGUCGAUAGGAAUGUGUACGAACUCUCUGCACUUGGGGCAAUGACCCCAGACUUACCUGCUGAGUUAAGUGGUGAAGAAAAGGAAUCUGGGAAGUCAGGUUCUGUUUUGGCCGAGUCCGAUACUGGGAUGGCGGUUGAAGAGCUGGCUCCUCAACUUCCAGAUUUGUAUUACACACAUCAACCCGAUCCACCAUUAUGCUGCCUCAUCACCUCAGCUCUUCGAGACUGCAGCCCACCAGUUCUUUUCGACAACGGUAUCUGCUCAUGUGCAGACUCCUCACAGAGUAUUGAACCAGUGAGUCAACCGACUCCUUCGUCGGAUAUGUCUCGAUCAUCCAUCAACAAGGCCCAGCCCCGGAUGACCACCACAGAAUUCCUUAUCCGCCAGAUACAGAGAAAGCGAGAUGCCAUUGUGAACAACCGGUACCGGUAUAUCUCGCCAUUUGCUCCCUUACAACCCCGGCCGCUCAUCAUUCGAAAAAAGUGCAAUGCCACCCCGGCCAACACGCAGAAUGAUGCCCUGUCGCCCAUUCCCGUAGGGACAUCCCAUGAUGUGACAGCACCAGUGCAACACCCACCAUACAGUCUCCGCCGCAAAAUCCUACACGGCCCAUUACCUCCCCUACCUUCUUCGACGCCCACCUCCCACCAAGCCACUACCUCAUCUACUCCCCGUUCUUCACAUAGCCCAACAACGGGUGGUCUCCCACAGUACCCUGACCGACCAACAUCAAUGUGCGGUGGCUGCCUAGUAGGACGACACCGCGCCCUCCACAGUCAUCCCUAUCAUCGUUGUGACAACAGCCUGCAAUUUGGAAAUCCCCCGCUGCCAUAUCCACUUAGCCCCCGAGAACUAACCCGCCUCCCACCUGACGUUGACGGGUUCCCAACUUCUCUCGUGGCUGGUCCGCAGUGCAGGCAUUGCUCGACCCGCAGAUCUGGGAUCGUCUCUCCGCCAGUGUUGAUUGGCCCUAGGGUAUUGAAUCGAAAUCGUGUCUCUCUCUCCUUCUCAGAUACUGCACUUGACUCGCCUUGGGCUGGCCAUGUAGGUUCAAUGGGGUUCUAUGCUACCUCUACAGAGGACCUGCCUUUGUCUAUUGAAUCUGAUCGCGUCGAUGAGAGUGCAGGUUCAUCUGGCUUCGAAAUUUGUCUAAUUGCUGGAUCGACUGCGCAAACCCGCCGAUACCGUUGA